AUGAAUGAUAAUGAAAUUGACCCUAUUCUACCAGAAGAAUGGAAAAUGAUUGAAAGUUUCAUUCAAUUACUGGGACCUUUUGAGGAAGCAACACGGGAACUGAGCAGCUCUUCUGCUCUUAUUUCAUCUGUGAUACCGAUAAUACAAAUGCUUGAAAAAAAAGUUGAUGACUAUUUAACAAGAUCGCAAGAGUUUGAUCCGAUUCGUCAGGCUGUAACGACUUUGAAAAACGAACUUUCUACAAAGUUUUCUAGCUUGGGAGAAAACAAUUUAUUUACCAUCGCUACCUACUUAGAUCCUCGCUAUAAGCACAAAUUUUUCACACCGGUGACUGAAGAAAAGAUUAAAGAUGACAUUUUAAAAAUGAUAAAUAUUGAGAAUGACAAUUUUGAAUCAGUUAAUACCAAUGCCAAAGGGGCUAAAAUAACUGAUUGCGUCGAGUGA